CUUCUCAAGACAAGGGCCAUCGUCUGGACAUCACGCUGCCUGACGGAGCAAGUGCUCACUACCAAACUCCUCCUAUGCCGGUUGAUCACACUUUGGGAACCUCACUUCCAGGACAUUAGGCUCCUGAAAGUGGACGGUCGCAACCCAGGACUCAGUGUCCCAGCCUGCGACCCUCACAGGUUCCAGAAGGGUGGAUAUUGCAAGAUCAAGAAGCAAUGGACUUGGCUGUACGGAUAUUGGAGGAAACCAAGUAUGGAUGCAACUUCUGUAGGGUGGAGUUCCCUAAGAAGUACCUGCUCAACAAGCAUCUGAAAAUGCACACCAAGCCAUACAAAUGCCUGGUACACAUGCCUAGAGCUGUCCCUGACCUCUGCCCCAAAGGAUUUUCAAAUAGCAGAGACCUCAAGCGUCACCGAGAUACUACCCAUGGGAGAGUUAAUGAAGGGUACCCUUGUCCUAAUUGCUCAAAAAAGCUCGCAAGGCCGGACUACAUUCCGCGUCACCUCAAAAGGGGAGCAUGCAAAUCAACAAAAGGCAGUAGAAAUGCAUCGCAUGGAGAUAGAGACUGACGCUGGCGGGCUUCGUGCGUCUCGUGUUACUUCACAGGAUUUU